CCUGUUGUUUCUCCGCCUCUUCGGCCUCCGUUCCCCACCCACCCUCCCCAGCGACCUCCUUCCCUUGUGCCCUCGGCGCCGCGCCAUGAGCCUCGCUGAGGCGCCGUCGCCGUCCCCAUCGUCGUCGAGCGGAAGCGACGACUUCGCCGCCAUCCUCGACGCCGAGCUCGAGCACGCCUCCGGCGCCGACUCCGCCUUCCCCGGCGACCCCUCCUCCGCCUCGCCCGCCACCGACGACGAGGGCGAGGAGGAGGAUUCAGAGGAGGAGGUGGAAGUUGAAGUCCCAGAACAGAACGGUGCUAAAAGGCGUAGAGUGGAGGAACAAUGCCAAGAUCAAGGAAUGCCAAUUAGGCCUGACAAAAUUGCAACUGGCCCAUCUAAAAACGUUCAAGUUGAGUUAUGUCCACAUCCUGGAUAUUUUGGUGGACUUUGCUUUAGAUGUGGCAAGCCACAAGAUGAGGAAGAUGUUUCAGGAGUUGCUUUUGGUUACAUCCACAAGGGCUUGAGGCUAGGUACUUCAGAGAUCGACAGAUUACGUGGCUCUAAUUUGAAGAAUCUGCUGCGUGAAAGAAAAUUAGUGCUUAUUUUAGACCUGGAUCAUACACUGAUCAACUCGACCAAACUCCAACAUAUUUCUUCUGCUGAAAAUGAGUUGGGUAUUCGGACAGCUGCUCUAAAAGAUGAUCCGGACAGAAGCAUCUUCAUGCUAGAUUCAAUGCAGAUGCUGACAAAGUUGAGACCAUUUGUCCGUAAAUUUUUGAAAGAAGCAAGCAAUAUGUUUGAAAUGUAUAUAUACACCAUGGGUGACAAAGAUUAUGCAAUUGAAAUAGCAAAGCUUCUUGACCCCACUAAUGUCUAUUUUCCUUCAAAAGUGAUUUCGAACUCGGAUUGCACUCAGCGACAUCAGAAAGGUCUUGAUGUGAUUCUUGGGGCUGAAAGUGUUGCAGUGAUUCUUGAUGACACUGAAUAUGUCUGGCAGAAGCAUAAAGGAAAUCUAAUUCUGAUGGAGAGAUAUCAUUACUUUGCUUCAAGCUGCCGCGAGUUUGGUUUUGGUGUUAGAUCUUUGUCAGAGUCUAUGCAAGAUGAAAGGGAGAGUGAUGGCGCUUUGGCUACGGUUUUAGAUGUCUUGAAGCGCAUACAUGCGAUUUUCUUUGACACGGCUGCUGAAACUGAUCUUUCUUCACAGGAUGUAAGACAGGUGAUCAAGACGGUACGGAAAGAAGUACUGAAAGGCUGCAAACUAGUCUUCAGUCGGGUGUUCCCCAACAAUGCUCGCCCACAGGAGCAGAUGAUGUGGAAGAUGGCCGAGCAUCUGGGUGCCGUUUGCUCUACAGACGUGGAUUCCACAGUGACCCACGUCGUGGCUGUGGAUCUGGGAACAGAGAAGGCCCGCUGGGCUGUAGGCAACAAGAAGUUUUUGGUCCACCCGCGCUGGAUUGAAGCCGCCAAUUUCCGAUGGCACCGACAACUUGAGGAAGAUUUUCCUGUCGUUCCCCCGAAGGUAAAGAGCAGAGAUAAAGUGAAUGCUGCGACUGGCCAGAAUGAAACGAGCAAAGAUAAAGAAGAAAAUGCUGUAGCUGGCGAGAAGGAAACGAUCAACGAUAGAAAAGAAGAAAAUGACGUAGCUGGCCAGAAGGAAACGAGCAACAAUCAAGAUGGAAAUGAUGUAGACGGCCACCAGAAGAAGGAUGACGCCAAAGAAGACGCUGUGGCAACUACUGCUACAGGCCCUGCUGACUCGGAAGCUCUGUAGGGCUCGAAAGUUGUCUGACAUACAGUGAAGGCGUGCAUGAUUGUGGGGACGGACCGCGGAGAUUGCUUUUAUUACCCGCUCGUGCAGGUCCAGGAUGUUAAAUUUAAAUCUGGUCGACGUGAAAUUUUGAUGCUGACCUGAGAUGCGGACUGGGCUCCGGCCAUAUGACUUGUCGUACAAUAACACUAUAGGAGUUUUAAGCGAAAAAAUUGAUGUCGUUAUUAUGGCAUAAUUCUAGCAAAUAUAUGCUUGGAAACGAUUGUAGCUUUACCUGCUACUGCAGGUACUGGCUCCCAAUUGAACAACAUUAUCUUUUAGUAAUCGCAAACGGACUCUGUGAUUGCAAA